AUGCAGAAGCUCUCCAAAACAGACGCCGCCUUGAGUGUGCCGCAAGGCUCGCUCAACAACUCGGCAGGCGAGUCUCGUCCCACUCCCAAUUCGUCCUUUUUGGUCGGUGUAACGGAAGACAAGAACAAGAAAUGUCGCCGAACCAUGGAAGACACUCAUUCUUACCUUUACAACUUCCUCGGCACUCCGGCGCCUGUCGUCGACAACGUCAACUCGCAGAAGAAGUCCUUGGACGACCGAAACAGUUUGACCAGUGUACCCUCAGAUCCUCAGCGUGUUGUGGAAACCGAUAAUGGCUACUUUGCUAUCUUCGACGGCCAUGCUGGAACUUUCGCCGCCGAGUGGUGUGGAAAGAAAGUCCACAUCAUCCUAGAGGAUUUCAUGCGGAAAUACCCCAAUACCCCGGUGCCCGAACUGCUCGACCAAACAUACACCUCUGCCGACAAUCAGCUGGAGAAAUUGCCAUUAAAGAACAGUGGAUGCACAGCCAUCACUGCUAUCUUGAGAUGGGAAGAUCGUGUGCCCACCACCAAUUCAGCCACCGGGUCCCAGGCUAUCGCCGCCCUGGCGGCUGCAGCUGCCAAAGAAGCAGAAAAGAACGAAAAGACGACCGAAGCGAAUGAAACCACUCCACGCUCCAACUCGACUACAGAAGCUGCCGCGGCAGCUAUCCAAGAGGCCAAACAGAAGGCUACACGGCAACGGGUGUUGUACACUGCUAAUGUCGGCGACGCACGAAUUGUACUUUGCCGAAACGGAAAAGCUCUUCGUCUCUCCUACGAUCACAAGGGUAUGGAUGAAAAUGAAGGCAAGCGGAUCUCCAAGGCGGGAGGCCUGAUCCUAAACAAUCGGGUGAACGGAGUCCUGGCAGUCACGCGCGCAUUGGGAGAUUCAUACCUCAAAGAUUUGGUCACUGGACAUCCCUACACGACAGAGACUGUUAUCCAGCCCGACCAAGACGAGUUCUUGAUAUUAGCCUGUGAUGGGCUAUGGGAUGUCUGCUCGGAUCAAGAGGCCGUCGACCUCAUCCGUCACGUGCAGGAUCCGCAGCAAGCGUCGAAGAUGCUGGUCGAGCAUGCGUUAGCUCGGUUUUCGACCGACAACCUCUCCGUCAUGGUUGUUCGAUUUGACCCGCAAAAGCUGCAACAAAACACCAAGAUUGAUAUCGGCGUCGAGAGCGAGGCCAACAAGGAGAAGGGCGCCAUCAGCGAGGCGGAGAUGAUUGUGUCAGAAGCCCGUCGUCACUCUGGUAUUGCAACCGAAUCAGCCGUGUCCGACCAAGACUCUGAAGACCUCAAGCAAUCCAUAAUCAAAGAAUCCGAUGGUGAAGAGCAGGAGCCAGGGCCAGAGUUGACACCAGAGGGACAGGGUGAAGCUCAGAAGAUACUAUCAAGCCAGCAGGGAGGACCAGAAGCACAGAAGAGCGGAGAGACUGAUGUUACCAUGCGUUGA